ACUUCCUUAUUGUGUGCGAAUGGGCGAGUCUUGAAAAAGCUGGCAGUGAUUUUCAUCAGCGGUACACUUGCUUAUUGCGCACGAUUACUAGCAGACGACUGGAGUGCGAGUUAAUUAAGCGCGUAUACUAAACGUCCUCCUAUUAACCUCGGGUUAGAGUGGCCACUGAAUUUAAAAGGAUAACACUACAGGCAUUUCCCGGUGAAUGUAGCCUAGUCAAGACAUUAUUUGUCAUUAUGUCAGUAACACAAAUGAAUCAAUGUAUUGGCCUAUUCAACCGAAAAGGAAGGCUCGGGCUGGCACAGUGAUUUUUGACGACUGUAAAUGUUUGACAGCUGCUUGUACUAUGGCAAUGCCUAUCGCUGAGUGGUAGUGCCGCUGUGCUAUGGAGUAUGGGAGAGGAGAGAAGUAUGGGGUUGUGUCAGUGGUCAGCCCAGCUGAGCUGUGUGGGUUGUGGUGCUGCAUGAUAAUGACACUGCCUGGGCACAGCUGGGAGGGAGGUGAUGGGGGGAAUGUGGAACAAAGACACACACACAGACCAGAUAUUUGGGCUGGGGUUCAGGUGCACUCUGUUGAAGGGAGGAUCACAUGGCCACAGAUUGACAACAGCUGUGGUGCAGAUUCAUCCCCUGAGACCUGGGAUCACUAUUGGGCCAAAAUCUCUCGGCGGCUGUGGACCUGUCUGUGUGGGAACACCCUCUUCUUCUUUAAUAAUGCCAAGGACACUCACUAUGUGGAGAAGAUGGAUCUCAGUGGCUUUGUCUCACUCAAAGAUGACUGCAGCCGAGACAGAAACCUGGAGGCAGCUAGACUCAUACUGCGCAUGAAGGAUGGCGAGACAAAACUCACCGUUGCCAAUCUAGAGGCUCGAGAGCUAUGGAAGGGCUUCCUCCAAUCUGUCGUAGAUCUGAGUGUGCCUAGCUGUCUGACGUUGCUGCCGGGGCAGGUACAGAUGCUGAGAGAGGUGGUGGACCGAGAAAGGAACAGACGCAGAGCAGCACGCACCCCCACCCGCGCUCCCCCCUCCCCCCUAUCAGUACCUCUACUAGGGGAGAUCCCAUCGUGUUUCCGGCCUGUGUCGAGGACUGAGGCAGAAGUUCUGUUAGAGAGACAUCCAGACUGUGGCAACAUGCUGCUGAGGCCCGGCAGAGACGGAUCUUCGUUGGCUGUCACCACCCGCCAGGAUCUCAACGGGUCAGUGUUCAGACACUAUCGUGUGACUCAGAGAGAGCAGGGAGGAUAUGUGAUAGAUGUUGAGAACCCAAUUCCCUGUGCUACGCUUCAUGAUGUCAUCGAUGCGCUGGUGGAGAAGACAGCAGGAACCCUUCAGCCCUUUCUUCUGGAGGAACCUUAUGAGGAGAACAUCACGUUUGUUUCGUCCAAUGAAGAGAAUGGAGAGAGAAUAUUACACUGUGCCCCUUCCAGCCCACUACCCAAAGCCCCCGCCCUACCCCCCAAACAAGAGCGAUGGAAACCCCUACCCAGGUCUCCCGCUCCCGACCGCCGUAUUCUGUCAGCUGUGACAUCACCAGUUCCGUCAUCACCCAGCAGCCCAAUGAGACGGCUUGUUCUCUCCCCCUCCCCCCUCCUCGCACAAAGCCUCACAGAGGAGCUCAAAAUGAAACUGGAGAAGAGACGGACCAGUCAGGAUUGACUUCCUGUAAUUUCUCAGCCAACUAGCGGUCAAAACUCUUCCACCACCAGCAGCAGCAGCUUUCUUCUCUUCCUGUGCCUUCUGAUUGGUGGACUACAGAAUAGAUGGUCCUCAUGGAUCACAGUCCUACAGUACCUUUCAAAGUGUUUCCCACCAUGUUUGGGUAACGCAUCUUAUCCACCUGAGUUGUGUUCAGCAGCCUAAAAUUGCGGCCUCAAAACAGUUUUCAAGAAGGGAUAACCAGUGGGGUUGAGCAUUAAAUGAGCACACAAAUACAAAGGACCAAUGACUGAGCCUGUUACUCCAUUGUUCCGAUUGAGCCAACGUGUCUGUUGUCCUGCUGCUGAUGUAACUGACGCCACACUGGAGACUAGAAAGAGUGACACCAAAAGCUUGAGAAACCAGACUAGAGAGAGACUAGAGCGGUAGUCACCAACCCUGGUCCCGGAGUGCUACUGGGUGUGUGUGCAGGCUUUUGUUCAAACCCAACACUAACACCUGGAUCAACGAAUUAAAGUCUUGAUAAAUUAAAUCAUGUGUGUUAUUGCUGGGCUGGAACAAAAUCAUGCACACCUUGAACCUGUACAUCACUGCAGACCUUCCAGGUCCUGGGUUAAUGACUACUGGAUUAGAGAUAAACAUGUCUAGUUGUUUUUGUGCAUCUAGAAUGCCAAUGCUCUAAUCUAUUGUAUUAUGUUGGUGCAAUGAUGGUAUGGUGCUCCACUUGACUAAACCUUCUCUACUGUGUGUGUCGUUGCUACAACUCACGUAAAACCUUAUUUUCUAGUGUGUGUGUGCGUGUGUGCGUGCGCGCUAGGCCUAGGCUAUUGUUAGCCGACUAUACUCAACUAAACUCCAUGAUUCACGAUGGAGUUGAGCGGCAACUAGUGUAGGCGGACUGGAGCUCCGACAUCACGAAAAUGUAGUUUUUUAAAUCAAAAACAAUUGAUUUUAGCACCCAAGGAAUAGCCGCAAUUACACAGAACAAUGUUGUGUGUAAUUGCGGGCUAUUCUUUGGGUGCUGAAAUCAGUAGAUCUGGAUAAAAACUUAAUUUUAUGUGAUGUCGGAGCUCCAGUCCGCCUAAACUAGUCACCACUCAACUCCAUUUUAAAUCAUGGAGUUGAGUUUAAUCGGCUAGGCUACUGUGUGAUGCUAUGACCUACUGGUGCUAGGACACUUUUUACUCCUCAAAGGUUCUUUGUCCUGUUGCAACAAAUAACAAAGUAUGAAAGUAUUUUAAUUUAGGCUUACUGUACACCAUUGAUUGCAUUUGCUCCUCUUGUUCUUUGGUGUUGUGGGCUGGUACACAAGCACAAUCCAGUGGAACUCAAACCCUGUGAUCAUUGGCUGAUUUGUUCAAAGGGAGUGCAUCCUCUAUUGGACUCUCAGAACUACACUGUACAUUGUCUUGUACAAUACUCUCUAUGUCCUGUGUGUUGGUCAGUGUUGUUUAAGAAAAACAUCAGUUGUAUUUAUAAGAUGUCCUAUUCAAGGAUAUUAAAUAAAUGGUUUGCAUGA